AUGCAGUUCUCCAUGCCCACCGCCGUCGAGCGCGUGCCCGAAGCGUCCGCGGCCAACGGCGACCAGGAGCAGGAGCUCGAGGAGACGCUCUUGCGCCUCGCGGCGCGCAUGAAGCAGAACGUGGCCACGGGCGACCGGCGGCGCCACCUCUUCAAGAAGUACCGCGACUGCUUCACGGGCAUGGAGGCCGUGGACUGGAUGCUCGAGCAGAUGGAGGCCAAGAGCGUGGCCGAGGCCGUGCGCAAGGGCCAGGGCAUGCUCGCGGGCCGCUACAUUGAAAAGGUCGACAAGGAGACCAAGUUCGAGUACCACAAGAAGCGCUUCUACCGCUUCACGGCCACGACGCCCGAGUUCGUCCAGGCCGUCGAGCGGCCGCUGCCCAGCGCGACGCUCGACUUGCCGCUGAGCGCUGCGGCCCGUCGACGGGCGCUCGCGGCGCUCAUUGGCGGCUUUGUGGCCGACGCCGCGUCCACGUCGCUCAACGGCGUCUCGCACCCCGAGAAGACCAUCCCGAACCUCUUGCGGCUCGACUUUGACCCGGCGUUCUGCGGCCUCUACGACACGGGCGACGGCAACGACAAGAAGGGCGGCCGCGCGCGCCUCGAGUCGUCCACGGGCUUCGAAGCGCGCAUCCUGCUCCAGUGCAUCGCCCGGCGCGGCCACAUCCACGGCUCGCAGCUCGCCAAAGACGCCUACUGGGGCUUCAAGAACGACCACCGGCUGCUCAGCGCCUCGUCGCGCGCGUUCAUCAAGCGCGUGCACUCGGGCAAAGGCUGGCCGCACUGCGCUGUCAAGUGCCGCUCGAUCGACGUGCUGUCGCUCAUCCCGAUCGUCGUCGCGCUGUACGCGGGCACGAACCAGCUCUUCACCAAAGUGGACGAGCUCGUCAAGGUCUUUUACGUCGGCACGCGCGUCCGCGACGCCGCGCUCGUGGCGGCCUUUGUGCUCGAGCAGGUGAUCUUGGGCGCGUCGGUGCUCCAGGCCAUGCGCAUGAGCAUCCGCACGGAGCGCCUGAGCGUCAAGCAGCGCAAGGUCAUCUUCAAGGCCUUCACCAAGUCGCAGCUGCCGAGCUACGAGGCGAUCCAGAAGUUUGGCAACCGCGGGUCGCUGCCCGGCGGCUUCCACGCCGUCUUGCAGCCGCUCUUCGUAUUGAACGACUACCCGACGGCCGUGCGCGAGAACAUCAUUGGCGGCGGACGCACGUGUCGCCGGGCCAUGUUCAUUGGCGCGUGCUUUGCUGCGCAGGACGGCCUGGACGUCAUCCCCGAAGGAUGGAUCGAGAAGACGCAGUACUUUGACUUUAUCGAGGCCGAUGCGAGCGCACUCGUGGGCCGGCGGGAGGUCCAGGGCUCGUUCACGGAAGACGACGAGCGCACUCGGCCCGCCGCCUACGUCGACUACGUGCCGCGGUCGUCCAUGUCGUCGUCCCAUCGCGCCGAGCGCGUCGAGUCGUCGCGCCGCAGCAGCAACAACAACAACAACAACAACUGUGCCGCGUCGUCGUCCGACGUGAACGCUGGCGACGCCGACAUUGCGUCCGACAUGCCACCGGACGGCGUCCCGACGUCCUCGUGUCGCUCCUCGGGGUUCCUCCGGCGGCGCUCGAACAGCUACGCGUCUUCGGGCGGCCAGUCCUCGCCGCGGUCGAUCGCGUCCAACUUCUCGUACAACUCGCAGACGACGACGGCCUCGAGCGUGCGCUCGGUCAUUGAUCUGGGCGACAUGGACAAGUUCUACCAGAGCGGCGUGGGGCAGUCGCUGCCGUCGUCGACGACGUCGCGCUCGAGCGGCGGCACCGAUGGCCGCCUGAGCUUUGAGAUGCAAAAGUUCUUCCAGGCGUACGGCGCUGCAGCCCGUCAGUCCCGGGGCUCGUACGGCGAAAACGGUUCGUACGGCAGCGGCUCGUCCACUGUGCGCUCGAGCGACUUGAACCCAUUGCGGCCGAGCGACAUGGCGCCGCUCAUGCGCCGGAGCUUUGCGUCCGCCCAUCGAAGCGGCGGCGGCGGCGACCAUCGGAACGAUCUGCGCCAUAGUUACAUUGCGAGCUCCCGUCGCAGCGACACGAGUCUCAUGUACGGGAACCAGCAGCACCGCUACUCGGGCAAAGUGUCCCGCGUGAGCGACCCGAACGCGUUCUAUCGCCAUUCGUCGUCGAUGCCGGCGUACGCACCCGAAACGGAGCGAUCGGAAGACGUUGUGCUGGCGCAUCGCGUAUCGCUGGACGACGAACAGCGCGUGAGUUUGCACGCGAUUCUCUAG